CUGGAAGGGGAGGGGUGCUGUAUGACUUCCGGUUUAGGCUGAAAUUGACACACAAUGAGGAGCAGGGAAUAACCUCGCGAAACGCCGCUGUAAAUAAAUAACGUUAGAAGAAUCACUGAAGCCACAGAAUCAUGGAGAAUCAGUGCACAGUGCAGGUGAAGCUGGAGCUAGGACAUCGAGCCCAGCUGAGGAAGAAGGUGACCUCAGAGGGCUUCACCCAUGACUGGAUGGUGUUUGUGCGAGGGCCUGAGACGGGGGACAUACAACACUUUGUGGAGAAGGUCGUCUUCAGGCUGCACGAGAGCUUCCCCAAACCCAAGAGAGUAUGCAAGGAGCCACCAUACAAAGUGGAGGAGUCGGGCUAUGCUGGGUUCCUCAUGCCCAUCGAGGUCUACUUCAAGAACAAGGAGGAGCCCAAGAAGGUGUGCUUCAACUAUGACCUCUUCCUGAACCUGGAGGGGAACCCCCCUGUCAAUCACCUGCGCUGUGAGAAGCUCACCUUUAACAACCCCACCCGGGAGUUCAGACGCAAGCUGGUCAAGGCUGGAGGGGUCAUGGUGGUGCCUGAAGGGGCGGAGGCGGUGUCGAGGCCCAGUCCAGACUACCCCAUGCUCCCCACCAUCCCACUGUCUGCCUUCUCAGACCCCAAGAAGACCAAGACCUCCCAUGGAUCAAAGGAGCCCAGUAAAGAGGGCAGUGCAGGCAGCAAUAAAGGGCCCAAGCCCCACAAGCUGACCAAGGAGCACCGCGAACGGCCCCGCAAAGACUCUGAGAGCAAGGCUGGGUCCAAGGGUGACAGCGACCGCGACGGGGGAGGAGGGGGCAGCAGCAAGAGCGCCCGCGAGCCCUCUUCUUCCUCGUCCAAGAAGCCAGCAGAGAUCAAAAUCAAAGAUGAGGGCAAGGUCCUUCCCAAGGCUGCCUUCAAAGAGCCCAAACUCACCCUGAAGGAGGCCAAGAUGGAGGGCAUGUCCCCCAAAGGAGGGGGGGGGGAGGGGGCGUCCAAAGGCCCCGGGAAGCGGCCCUCCACUGUGGAAUCUCCCAAACCCAGUGCCAAGAAGCAGAAGAAGAGCAGCUCAGAGGGAUCUAAAGGGGCAGCUGCAGGGCCCUUCACCGGAGCCUCUCCCCGGGUCUCCUCAUCGUCUGCAGCCGCCCCUGGCUACCCAGAGAAGAAACCCCCCAAGGAGAAGGGUCGUUGGCCCAAGGGCAGCAAGGCCGACACUCAGGAGGUCAAGGAGCCCAAGAAACUGCCUGAGUCUGACGACUCCAACUCUGAGGAUGAAGCCUCAUCCAAAUCAGAGCAGUCAGCCCCCUCCAGUCCCUCUAACUCCAGCUCCAGCUCUGAUUCCAGCUCAGAAUCUGACUUUGAGCCUGGACAGAAACAAGGCCAAGGCCCGCUGCGCUCUAUGGUGGAGGACCUGCAGUCAGAGGAGUCAGAUGACGACAGCAGCUCUGAGGAAGGGACGCCUGUCAAGACCAACCCGCCCAACCGUGACUCACGACUGAGCCUGGACAGCGAGAGUGACAGCAGUGACGGCUCGCACCGCCCCAGUCGAGACCCGGUGCCACCUCCACAGAAACACAGCUCCUCCAAUAACAAGGUCUUGGGCAGGAAGAGCCCAGACAUCUGCAGCCGCCCAGAGAAGGUGCUAAAGAAAGGAUACGAGAAGGCCUACACAGAGGAGCUGGUGGAUCUCCACCGCAGACUGAUGGCUCUGAGGGAGCGCAACGUCCUACAGCAGAUAGUGAAUCUUAUCGAGGAGACGGGCCACUUCAACGUGACCAACACCACCUUUGACUUUGACCUGUUCUCUCUGGACGAGACGACCGUCCGCAAACUACAGAGCUACCUGGAGGACACAGCCACGUGACAGCAAGCCCGUAGCGCAGUCCCUGGACCCCCACUGGGGGGGAGUAGUAACAGAAGCUACAGCCACACACCAGACAGAGCUAAACCACAGAACAACAACAGAACACACACUUUCACUUGUCGCUGGAGAAGAACAGAGGAACGGGGUGAGGGGAGGAGAGAGGAGGUCAGAGUAAGAGAGAGCAGCUAUGCCACUGUCCCUCUAACCUGGACUGGACUGGAGGACAGGACUAGGAGCUGGCCUGUCUGGACUGGGUCUGGCAGGAGACGUAUUAUAUAUGUUUCUUGUGGAGAACAGCACAGCAGCCUGUGUGCAGAACUGUGGAAUGCGACCACUCGACUCUCCCUCCCCUCCCCCCUCACUUCUAGCCUUUGCAAACCCAAUACUUCCCCCCUCUAUCUCCUCUCUCCCCACUCACACUCCCUUAGUCGACACAACACUCCUCCCCUCCCCCUCCUCUCAGCUGGGGUUCAUAUCUCUGUAGGAAUUUUCCUGUCUGGGUGAGCGUGUGUCUGGGCGAGCGUGUGUCUGGGCGAGCGUGUGUCUGGGCGAGCGUGUGUCUGGGCGAGCGUGUGUCUGGGCGAGCGUGCAUUUCAGAGGCUUUAGGGGGAUGAUAUUUUUGGUUAGUGACUCUUUUUAAGCUUGAGCACAAGCAACAGCCCUUAAACACACACACACACUGUGAGAAGCAUUUGGGUCCCAUUCCAGAGUGUCUUCACACAUGCAGGUACGAAGUUGUGUACGUGCUUGUUGGUGGUAGUGUGUUUUAGAUGGGGUUCAUCUCUUGUCUGUUCAGUUUCCUUUCACUCCCUCUUUGAAAGCUGAACCUUGACACCCCCUCCCCUCUUCUAUCUUGAUGUGCAUGAAAGGGCUCAACUUCUGGGGAAAGGAUCACUUCUGAAUUGCCUUUUUAGUGGUGGGGGGUGAAAAGCCGUGACAAGUAGCCAUAGUCUCCCAGAUCCAAGAAAAAAAAGGGGCCACGCUUUUUUACAUUUAAUUCUUGUACUGAUACGUUUGGAGUAUUUUUGGAUUGCGGUUCAGAUACCUGUGAGCUAUGAAUGUAUUCCUGUUCAUUUUCUAGGGCUAGCAACAAACCUACUAUCCUCUUAGUGCCUUUUAUGUCUAUCCACUGACACUGGUUAAAGAGCAAAGUCCUUCCUCUGACUAAAUGUUAAUUGGGAAGCCUGAAACUCCAGUUUUGUCUUAACAGUGCCCUCUCUUGAAAUCAGUUGAUGCUCCUCGUGCGGUUUGUCUGCAGAUUUGAAGCUUCUUCCAAGGAUCUAUCUCUGCUGUUAUAAGGAACAUAAGCCUUCCAGAAAUCCUAAGACACUGUGCAUUAGCAGUGGUCCUUUAGGGAAGUUCAGGCGUCUGCUCCAAAUGAUUGCCUUUUCUUUCCAGAUCGUGAUAUGAAUGGUUGUAUAGCUCAUGUUCUGUUGUCUGAGGUGUAGUUUUCUAUGGAAAGGGACCGUGCCAGACCAGGCCUAUCACUCAGUCAAUCUGUUAGACAUGUUCCUCUUACUGUAGCCCCUCUAGCCUUCACAUCCACUGUGGUUUCACACGCAGACUAAUGAGCUGUCUCUUCUCUCUUUGGGUGAUCCCCUCCCUGCUUCAUUCCCCCCUCACUUUUCUUUCUGUUUCACCUCGUGAACAGUUGUAUUUAUUCUAAUGCUAAUAGCUUUAAUAGUUAUGUCCAUUCUGUUGCCUGCCUCUGCAAAGUGCACACUCACCUCUCUGGCCCUUCUCUGUGAGGGUGCUGUGGUGUUGAGGACUCUGAAUGUGUGGUUCUGUUCUAGAGUGAAACAACAACCGCCUUAUGUUCCUCUCAGCAUCCACUCUGCUCUGUCCACCACCCUUUUAUUUGUCUGGGUGUGCCUAUGUCAACAAGUCCCCGCAAGUGAUUUUUAAGAUGAAUUUGCAUCUGUGAGUGUGAUAGAUUGUGUGUGUCAAGCGAGUGGAAAAAGAGAACGUUGCUUUCCUCUUGUGUGUGUGAACUUUUAACUCCCAAGUCCUAGUUCAUGAACUCUACCCCUUGACCGGGGGCACUCAGUUUUUCCCUUGUCAUGGAGUUGAGGCACGAAGGUGAAGGGGGUGGGGGUUGGGGAAGGGCCGCUGAAGGGUUGAGUGGCAGGGAGCUCUGUGCAGCUCUCCCAGAGAGAACCUCAUCUACCAUCUACGAACAGUCAAUCUUUUAUUUAUGUACCUCUGCACUUUUGGCUGUGGUGACUUAAGUAAUUAUCUAAACUGUAUUUUUAAGAAUUUUAUACAAUAUUUACAUGCAAUACAAAUAGAUUUUUUGCCAACGUUUUUUAAAAUUCUUAUUUAAUUGUUUUUAUUUGUAUUGGCAUGUUUUGUCAUUCUACAUACAGAAACAUGCUGUCAGUUCUGUUAAUUCUAGUGUUGCGUCAAGGAAAACUUCCCUAAAUGUUGUAUUGUGGAUCAUAGUUGUUGCAGUUAAACACCACGGAACAGGUGUUGGGAAUAUGUUUGAUGUAUGAGCUAACCAUGUCGAUAUCAUCCAGUAUAAUUAUAUCAAGCAGGAAAAGGUGGACUUUUCAGUGAGAAUAAGUAUUUUUAUGUGUAUGUCCUAUUAUAAUUUGAGUGUUUUUAACUCAAAGUGAGGCAGCGUUCUAUUUGUCCGUACUCUAUGAGGUAUGGUUACGAAGCCCAGGCAUAAACUGUCACCCCCCCCCUUCAAAAUUUCUCUGUAUUUUUAUCCAAUUUCGAUCCCUUAAACUCUUAAAUAAGAACACCAUAGGAAAAGAUACCAUGCCAAUUCAAACUAUAUUAUAUAGUCUAUCUAUAUAUUUAAAUGUAUGAUAAGCAAAGGUAGACUAUCUACUCUGGAUUUUAACAGGAAAAAAAUACAAAAAAGCAACGAACUGUUCCUUAGGAAUGUGAGGUGGCAUGGGCAGAGGCCCGUUUUCUGUAUCACUGGUUAUUAUACGUGUCUCUAACCAGGUUUCCAUCCAACCUUUUUAUGCGAGUAAAGUACAUGUCGGAUAAAAAAAUAUCAUGACCGGCCUAAUGGAAACAGAACCUUUUUCCGGUAAACUUUACAAAUGUCGACAAAACAAUACUCUGGACAAGGUGGGAUAUUUGUGUGUAGGUAAAAUGAAUUAUGAACGAAAUGUAUCUGGAAACUCAUUUAUGCGCAAAUAUUGAUAAAUACAUCUGGAGUCACGCGAUGACGUGUGGUUCUCCCUCUACGAUUCGUCGGGAAAGCAUGCCGUUUAUUAAAUUACAGAUUAAAUGAAUAAUUAUAAUCUCCGACCAGUGUUUCCCAACUCCGGUCCUCCAGUGCCCCCAACGUCACACAAUUGUAUUGUAUCCCCGGACAAAAACACCUGAUUCAAUUUGUCAAGGACUUAAUGAUUAGUUGACAAGUAGUAUCAAGUUUGCUUGUCCUGGGCCACAACAGAAACAACACACCGAGUUUUGGAAACCCUCAGCUAGAGCUCAGGUGCCAAUACCAGAUUGGGCACACUCACUAUAUAACGCAAAAUGCUUUGUUAGAACCAUCAGUAGAGUAAAAAAAAUACGAUGGAAACUUUAAUAGUAUUUUUUUAUUCGGUACAUGGGAAUUUAACCGCAACAUGUAUUUAUUUGAACGUGCCAUACGUCAUCAUGCACAGUCUUUUAUUUGCAACGAGUCAAUUUGAUGGUAACGCAUCUCUGGUGGGAAAAUGAAAUGUUGUUUUUAUGCGGAUUUUAGAAUAUUCGCAUGAAAAUCUGUCGCCAAUUGGAUGGAAACCUGGUUUAUGACAGGGAACGUGUUAGCUUUAUUUAUCAAGGCAGGGUUUGCUGACGGGAAGGGGUGAUAAAGUGCUACCAUGGGCUGAACGGCAGAACAACACGAUUUGGUAUUUUAAACUUGGCAUACGAUGCCACCAUGUGGCCAUACAAUGCAAGUUGUGUUAAGGACAAAAAUGUUAUUUUAAUGUUAUUUUUUAUUUUGAAAUCAUAUAUUAUUAAUAAAGUCAUUGAGUACUGUC